UCUUUGCUUGCGAUGGACGGGCCAGGGCGCGUCUUUGCUUUGCUGAUCGCGUCCGUCGCGCUAUCCGCGACAGUCGUGUGCCUGGUUGGCGCAUCCUCGGCCCGAGUCGAUCACCACCCCGACCAGCGUCCCGUCAAAACCUCGCGCGGCGUGGUGCACGCCUUCUUCCUGCUCGACCGGACGGGCAGCAUGAGAGGUCAAGAGCACGCGGUGCGGGCAGGGUUCUCCAAGUUCGUCGAAGAGCAGCGUGCGAUGCAAGGCGACAUGCUUCUCGACGUCGCGCAAUUCGACUCGACAGACCCCUUCGAGAUGAUCAUCGAGUCGCAGCACAUCGCCGAAGUGAAGCCGCUCGAGCGCUUUGAGCCACGCGGCACUACGCCUCUCUACGAUGCGGUUUCGAGCAUGAUCGACCACGCGGAGCGCACGGCAACUACCAAAGAGGUGAUAUUGGUCGUCUUCACCGACGGACAAGAGAACGCGUCGAUGCGCAUGAAGCAGAAGGCGGUCCUGCAGCGGGUGGAGGAGAAGAAGAAGCUGGGCUGGACAUUCGUCUUCCUCGGUGCCGACAUCGACUCGUACGCGACCGGCGGCAGCCUCGGGUAUGCGCGCGGCUCCACCCGGUCGCAUGCCGCCACCGCUGCGGGCUACGCUUCCGCCUGGUCUGAUGUGAGCCACGCCAUGAGCGCGCAGCGCUUUCGGCGCUCCGCGCGAGGCUACACGGACGCUAAACGGCUCGCGGCCAGCAAGUCGUACUUCUCCGCCGCGGAGAGCGCGAAGAAGAGCAAGCACGCGUGAUGCGAUGGCCGAGGCGGAGAGGUGACAGAUGGAUGUCGAUGACUGGCGCCACAUGCUGUUGGCGGUUGGUGCCGCGCACAGCGGUUUCCCCCACCGAAGCACACAGAGUUUACCUUAGUGUGGUAUGUGCGCCACACACACCACACCGACCCGUUGUGGCAAAUCACUGUUCAAGUCGCAUCGUAUGUGUCUUUGUUAAGAGGACAACAAGAGUAGCGAAAA